GAUUUGGAGGGGGAUGCGAGAGAAGCGGGGGAGGCAGGGAAGGAGGAAGGUUGCGAAGGAUGUGUGUAGCGAACCAGAGAUGCAGAUUAUGGUGGACAGUGGGGCCGAGGACUGAUAAUGUGACUGGACGAUGACAGCGAGGGCAGCCGAACAGAGAUUCGAGGAUUUGAGCUUUAUGGUUCAUGGGGACCUUUAAAGAACAUUCGCAUCAUUUCUCACAUUUUUUAAUGUUGACAUAACAUCUUUAUUUCAUCCGCGCGGGAUUGACAAUGACAUGUUGUAUUCAUCCGCGUCAUUUUAACACAAACAUCGAUGUUUUCUUCAGUUAUUUUUCUCUUUGGCUCUCCCUUUUUUAAUGCUUUCGUUAUUAGAACUACCAUAGCAUGUAGCCUGUUUUUGCGUUCAACUCCCGAAGAGCCGAACAAGGUGCAAUAGGAAGUGAAUGUGUUGGAUGCGGUGAUUUAAAAAAACCUUCGAUUCAAGACAGCAGCUUUGGAAAAUUUAAUUGAGCACGGAAAUUAAAAUGGUAAGGAGAAUAUUACAUCCGCUUAUUCGGUCUCGGAGUCUAUUGUGCGAUUAAGAAAGAACGAAAACUGUUGACCUAAAAGCGAUCAAAUAACUGAAAAUUAUUACUCGCGCACCUAGACGUUGGUCGUUGUGAGUUUUAAGAGCUAUGCUGCAUUAAUUUUUACGCCACCCAACGCACAAGGAUAGUUGCAGCGUAUAAAAAUACAGUUGCAGAGCAGAUAGCUAUUCUAAAAUGGAGGCAUCGUGUGUUCGCUGGUUGGUGUUCUUUUGGACAGUCGCCGGCCUGUUCUUGGACACGAGCUCCGGCUCCCAUUCCGACGAUCCGAACCUCUCCGGCCACCUCUCCAUCCGCGUUCCCCUGCGGCAAGGCCUCCCCUCCGACCCACCGCCAGUGCCGCGGAAGCCCACCCGCAGGGCGUCUAGGAAACGCAGAGGAGCCCUGGGCAUUAAUUUCGUGGACAUGAUUGACAAUCUCCGUGGGAAGUCCGGACAGGGCUACUACGUGGAGAUGGCCGUGGGCACCCCGCCGCAGAAGUUGAACAUCCUGGUGGACACCGGCAGCAGCAACUUUGCCGUGGGAGCUGCCGCUCACCCUUUCCUUCGAAGAUACUACCACCGCUCGCUCUCCAGCUCCUACCGGGACCUUGGCCGGAGCGUGUACGUGCCCUACACGCAGGGCCGCUGGGAGGGCGAGCUGGGCACCGACCUGGUCUCCGUGCCCCAUGGCCCCAACGCGUCUCUGCGUGCCAACAUCGCCGCCAUCACCCAGUCCGACCGCUUCUUCAUCAACGGCUCCAACUGGGAGGGCAUCUUGGGCCUGGCCUACGCCGAGAUCGCUCGGCUGGAACUUCAACAGAGUCAUUGCUCAGAGGGCGCUCAGAACAGUCUACAUCAUCUCAAUUCCACCUUCCAUAGAGAAAAGCCUGAUGAAACUCUGGAGCCGUUCUUUGACUCCCUGGUGCGACAGACUUCUGUGCCCGACCUGUUCUCUCUGCAGCUCUGUGGCGCUGGCUACAGUCAGAACUACAGCCUCGGCAGUGCUACUGUGGGGGGCAGCAUGAUCAUCGGGGGCGUGGACCCCUCCUUGUAUGUGGGCGACCUGUGGUAUACACCUAUUCGCCGGGAGUGGUACUAUGAGGUCAUCAUUGUGCGCAUCGAAGUCAAUGGUCAGGACCUCAACAUGGACUGCAAGGAGUAUAACUACGAUAAGAGCAUUGUGGACAGCGGGACCACCAACCUGCGGCUCCCCCAUAAGGUGUUCCAGGCUGCCGUCAAGGCCAUAGAGGCGGCCUCUUCGACGGAGCAGUUCCCCUCAGGGUUCUGGUUGGGGGAACAGCUGGUAUGCUGGCAGGCUGGCACCACCCCCUGGCACAUCUUCCCCGUCAUCUCACUCUACCUGAUGAGCGAGAAUCGGAAUCAGUCUUUCCGCAUCUCCAUCCUGCCUCAGCAAUACCUGCGGCCUGUGGAGGACGUGGCGUCAGCGCAGGAGGACUGUUACAAGUUCGCCGUGUCGCAGUCCAGCACCGGCACCGUCAUGGGCGCCGUCAUCAUGGAGGGCUUCUACGUGGUCUUCGACCGGGAGAGGAAGCGCAUCGGCUUCGCCGUCAGCACCUGCCACGUGCACGACGAGUUCCGCACGGCGUCGGUGGAGGGGCCGUUCCACGGCGUGGACCUGGAGGACUGCGGCUACAACAUCCCGCAGACGGACGAGUCCACCCUCAUGACCAUCGCCUACAUCAUGGCGGGAAUCUGCGCCCUCUUCAUGCUGCCGCUGUGCCUCAUGGUCUGCCAGUGGCGCUUCACGCGCUGCCUCCGGUCACCAGGGGGCGGUGACUUCGCCGACGACAUCUCCCUCCUCAAGUGAGAGAGGGGGCGGGCGGGAGGAAGCAGGCCGCACGGGAUUUACACGUGGCGGUUGGAGGGUGCUCCUCGCCUCCCCCCGCCCCCAGCUGCCCUGGCCGUGCCUGCGGGGGUGAGGGCGCGGGUAACUCUAGCGGCUCUUUCGCCUGUUGGCGGGAAGGAGGCGAUGUGUAUAGCUAAGUGUUGCUCGGAGUCUGCUGACAGGCCGGGACACCAGCGUCAGCCGGGCUCCCGCGGGGCCCUGAGCAAAGCCUCCCGCAUUCACUGGACCCGCAGCCCGCGAGCCAACAAACAGCUAGCAGCGUGUGUGCAGGGAGUGUGUCCCGGAGGGGUGUGUGUGUGUGUGUGUGUGUGUGUAUGUGUGUGUGUGUGCAUGUGUGUGUGUGUGUGUGUGUAUGUGUGUGUGUGUGCAUGUGUGCGUGCGUGUGUGUGCGUGCCCAGAGGUGUGUAUGUAUAUGUGUGUGUGUGUGUGUGUGUGUGUGUGAGUGCGUGCUUACAGGUGUGUAUGUAUGUGUGUGUGUGUGUGUGUGUGUGGUUACUUAUGGCAUGAGGCUUGCAUAUAACAAAUAAGGACGGAUGGGGCUGGAUAUGCUUAUUAAAUAUGAUGAAUUAUUGUGAUUGGGUGCCAUCCCCUGAAGAACUAUACUGUGGAGGAGGGAUGAAGAUGCUGACCAGCCAAAUUUCAUACAUUUAACGAUCUACUGUACUCAUUAUAAGGGUUAUACAAAUAUACAGAACAUAUAUUUAAAAUGUGAAUAUCAAAUAUAUACAAGGUUGAUGAUACUGACAUUGGAGAGGCGUAGAGCAGGGGUGUCCAGUCUCAUCCAAAAAGGGCUGGUUUUUAUUGUAAUCCAGUACUAAUACACCUGAUGCAACUAAUAAAAUUCUUCAAUGAAGACUGUGAUUAGUUCAUUAGUUUAAUCGAGUGUAGUUGUUCUGGGCUAUAACAGAGAGGAAUAUAAAUAUGAGAGAUGAAACUUCCUGGAUUUCACAUAAUUAUUGCAUUCUGUUUGAAUAUUCAUGUAAAUAUUCAUAUCAGGAUUGUUUUAUGUCAAGAUAAAACAUAUGUCCAUUAUGUUUCCAGGCGAUAUACAGUCUGACCACAAGUUACAUUAUAACAUGGCUGCUCUUGUCAGUACCUCCUCCUAGUUGGAAUAAAAGGCAGCACCCACCCCAGCCCUUUUUGGGUAAGACUGGACACCCCUGGAGAAGACGAGAUGUAUAAACAUAUAGACUUUUGGCAGAUAUCAAGAAAUAAUGAGAUAACGUAUUUAAUAUAAUUAAUAUUAGAUAUAUCCCUGUGUUUUGAAUGGUUCCUUUGAAUAAGAGUGUUUGACGGGUGUACGGGCUGUUUCGCUGACCACAUUAACUUCAUUAAUGAGUGCGCCCACACUCCGGGGCCUCCUUUGUGAGUAAUGGAUAUUAAUAGUGUUGUGAUUGUAGCACAUUAACUGUAUAAAUGUACACAAGGGAGAGAAAAGAGCUAAAAAGAUAUAAAAAGUCUAAAUGAAGCCUACGGGUCAAAAUGGCGCUGUUGACUUGCUGUAAAUAAUAAAGACCUGAUCUGUAUCGAAGGUGAACCUGGCUGUACUGACAAAGAAUAAAAUACCUAGUACCUGUA